UAAGGAACCCUGGAGACGGAAGUGGCAACCCACUCCAGUAUUCUUGCCUGGAGAAUUCCAUGGACAGAGGAAUGUGGUGGGCUACAGUCCAAGGGGUCGCAAAAGUCAGACACGACUGAGUGAAUAGCACUCCUGCGUUGGCAGGCGGAUUCCUAAAUAGUGAACCACCAGUAUUCAUAAACCCUGUAUUGGAAUAUCACUUUUUUAAAAAAAUAUAAUUUAGGAACCAGGAAUGUCCUUAAUGUGUCAUUGCUUCUUCUCCAUAUGUGAGGUCUAAGUUUGAAAUUGCUUCCUACAUGCAUCAAGUUUUUUUACAGAAAAAAAGGAAAAACAGACUCUGUGAUAAUUAUUACACAACUUAAAGGCAGUGCCUCUGCAGAAGAGUGUUUAUAUUCAGGCAACUGCAUGUGAUUUCUUCUAAAUACCUGGAGGACCUUGGGACAGUAUGGGCGGCUGGGCUUUGUUAAAAGUUUGAGUUCUGCAGGCUACCUGGGCAUUGAUGUUAGGUGAUAGGACUAGAAAAUACCAUCCAGUUUUUUGCUGCAUUUUUAUUCAUUGAAACCUCAUGCAGUCUGGAUCCUCUGCCCCAUGGGGUACUGUAAAUGGUAGACCAUAAGGAAGAAUAUGAAAGAAUUUUUUCACAAGAACUAAAUGGUUCCUAAAAUGGUAUUUAUUUCAUCUGCAUAGGAUUUCUAAUGUUUCCCUACAUUCUCUGGCUCUGCCGUGAUCGUGAUAUGAGUGACACUGUGACCAAAGAAAUGAUGUGUAAAUGGUUUCAUUUCUUCCUGAUCCUGUCAAAUUAUUGAGGAAAUGUAGAGAGACUCAUUGGCCUUUGAGGAUGUGGCUGUAAACUUCACCCUGGAUGAGUGGGUUUUACUGGAUUCCUCACAGAGGAAACUCUACAGAGAUGUGAUGCGGGAAAACUUCAGGAAUGUAGUCUCAGUAGAAGCAAAACAGGAAGACCAUGACAUUGAAGAUCAGGACAAAAACCAGGAGAGAAAAUUACGAAAUCCCAAAGCAGAGAGACACUCUGAAAAGAAAGACAUUAAUUCCUCUGAAGAAAGCUUCAACCUUAUUCCAACUCCCAAUGUGAAGAGAACUCGUGAUAUAAAACCAUGGGAAUGCAGAGCAUGUGGGAAAGUCUUCAUGUAUCAUUCAUCCCUUACUAGACACAUGAAAUGUCACAUUGAAAACAGAUCAGGAGAUCGCCGAAAGUACCGUGAGAAGGUAUAUAAAUGUAAAGAAUGUGGAAUAGCAUUCAUUUUUCCUAGUGCUCUGAAGACCCAUGAAAGGAGUCACACAGGGGAGAAACCCUAUGAAUGUAAGGAAUGUGGCAAAGCCUUCACGUGGCACACAACUUUUCGAAAACACAUGGGAACACACACUGGAGAUUUACCUUACAAGUGUCAGAAAUGUGAGAAAGCAUUCAUUUAUCCCAGUCACCUACGAAUGCAUGAAAGCACUCAUAAAGGACAUAAACCUUAUAAAUGUACAGAAUGUGGGAAAACCUUUGAAAGUCCUGAAACUAUUGAAAUACAUGAAAGGAUUCACAGGGGAGAGAAACCUUAUGAAUGUAAGCAGUGUGGUAAAGCUUUCAAACGUUUGAGGUCCUUCCAGGCACACAAAAGACAUCACACAGGAGAAACACCGUUUGUAUGUAAAACAUGCUCUAAAGUAUUGAAUACUGCCUGGUCGCUACGAAAUCAUGAAAGAAUCCACACUGGAGAAAAACCAUACAAGUGUAAGGAAUGUGGGAAAGCCUUCUUAUUAAAUGUAACCCUUCAGAAACACAUGAUAACACACACUGGGGAUGGACCUUAUAAAUGUAAAGAAUGUGAGAGAGUAUUCAUUCAUCCCAGUUCUUUUAAAGUACAUGAAAGGAGUCACACUGGAGAGAAACCAUAUCAAUGUGACCAGUGUGGUAAAUGGUACAGGUAUCCAUCAUUUUUAAAAAUACAUCGAAGGACCCAUAGUUGACAGGGAGGACACUUUGAAUGUAUGGGGAUAAAAUGGGAAUGAAAUGUAUGGGAAUGGGAAAUGAAAGGGAAAUGUUCUGUUCCACUUACGUUGACACGCAUGAAAGAAUUCACACUGGACAGAAACCUGUCAAUUUGAUGGAAAUGUCAGGAAUCUUCCAUUUGUGUCUCAGUCAUUCAAAGACCCACGAGACUACAUGCUGGACGGAAAUCAUAUAAAAUGUGAAGAAUGUGGAAAAGGCUUUUCCGAUCUUAGUAGUUUCUGGAACCAUAAAAGGAUUUACUAGGUAAAACCUUAUUUGUAAACAGCCUCAAAUACUUCAAUUGGCUGAUAUCAUUAUAUGGAAAACUCCCAUGGAGAAGAUGUGUAAAUGUAAAUAACAUGAGAUAAAUUGAUGGAAAGUAAUCCAUGCUUAAUGUUCCAGAAAACCUUCAGCAUGAAAGAGUUGUUUUAUUUUUAUUUAUUAGUAUUUUCUUUUGACCUCAGCUUGGGACAUGUAGGAUCUUAGUUCCCCAACCAGUGAUGGAAGCCUUGCCCCUGCAGUGGAGGCACAUUGUCUUAACCACUGGACCGCUGGGGAAGUCCCAAAGGAAUUGUUUUAAAAAUUUUUUAAAUUUAUAAAUGCAUUGUGUUUUCUAAAGAUCUUCCUUCAAGUUUAACCUUAAAUGGUGGAUUUCUACUCAUUUCAGAAAGGAAUGUUAAUGUCAGUUGUUUCUGUAAGUUAUCUUUCAACCACAGUACAUGAGGUUUAAAGGUAGUAAUUUUUCCUUUACUCAGAUAGUGAUUUUUUUUUUCCUCUUUGGAUGUAAUAGAAAAGGAUAACUUUGUUUCUUUGCUAGGCAAAGGGGGCCACAGUGGGCUAAUGCCCUCAAAACCAUGUGUUCUUGGGGAAGAGAGUGAGAAAGUUUUAUAAUAAUUGUUCAAAGAGGUUCACUUCAUGGACAUUCUUCUGAUGGGGGUGGAUGGUGAGACAAGUUGGAGUCAGCAUCAUCAACCUGAGGUCCAGCUGGUCUGGGGUCUACCUGUUUGUGGGCAGCAUACCCUCCUUAAUCAUUAACUUCUCCCACCUGAGGGAGUUUCAGUUUCUGCAAAAUAACUCAAAGAUAUUGUUGUGUGUGUUCAUUGAUGGGGAAUCAGGACCUUGCCCCAAGGCUGCUCUUGACUCUUUCUCCCUGUUCUUGCACCCCCUCCCUUCCCUGAUUAACAGCUGCUUGCCUCAGCCCACUGGAACUCAGGGAAGCUCAUGGAAGCUGAGUGAAGGCUGUUUCCUACAAUCAGAGAGAGGGACACAGAAAGGCCUUGUCCCCAGGAGCCCCACAGGGUCUGGCUCAGCAUCAGUGUGGCAGUUCCUAGAUGUAUAACCUAUUAUAUACAUUGUACCCUUUUUUAUGGGUUUCCUUGGUAGCUCAACUUAUAAAGAAUCUGCCUGCAAUGCAGGAAACCCCUGUUCAGUUCCUGGGUCAGGGAGAUCCCCUGGAGAAAGGAUAAGCUGUCUACUCCAGUAUUCUUGGGCUUCCCUGGUGGCUCAGACAGUAAAGAAUCCACCUGCAAUGCAGGAGACCUGGGUUCCCUCCCUAGGUUGGGAUGAUCCCCUGGAGGAGGGCGUGGCAACCCUCUCCAGUUGGUGGUGAGUAUAGGAGCCUUUUUCCAUUUCCAUUCUAUUAAUCACUUGGAAUUAAUAUCAUGUAUGGCUAGGAUGUCAAACAGUAUACUACUAGCUAAAUUAUGAUUUUUCCUAUUUGUUUUUUCUAUUUCUGGCUAAUUGAACAGACUGCUUGUUUGCAUGUGUGUGUGGUUGCUCAGUCAUAUCUCUUUGCAACCUUUUGGAUUGUAGCCCACCAGGUUCCUCUGUCCAUGGAAUUCUUCCAGGCAAGAAUACUGGAGUGGGUUGCUAUUUCCUAUUCCAGGGGAUCUUUCUGAACCAGAGAUUGAACCCGUCUCCUGCAUUGGCAGGUGGAUUCUUUACCACUGCGCCAACUGGGAAGCCUGAAUAGACUAUGAGACUUGUGCUAAUCCUAAAGAUGUCAAGUUAGAGAUAGGACCCAGACUUUCUAGAAUCCAUCCUCUUUGUAGUUCCUUGUUAGUAUUCACCAGUAGCUCACCUGUGUGUGACUUAAAAGCAGAUGUAAAAAAGACAUUGUUCAGAUAUUAGAGCCUCCACCCUGGGAGACAGACAGUUACACAGGAGCUUCAAGGACAGCAUCUUCCAGCAUAUUUUCCAAACUCCGUGAACUUGUAGUGAAGAGUAUCAUCAACACCAGCAACCAGUGUUUGAUUUCCAUAUUUAUAGAUGUAUAGUUUCCCCCAAUGUCUUCAUAGCUUCCACAUCAAAGAUCCAGCAGAGUUUGAAUUUUUUCUGUUAGGCUUCCUGUGUCCACAAGGAAAGUAUUUCAGAGUUUUGUGGUUGGGAAUAUCCUCAUUCCACUCUUCUCUGGAUUAUAUCUUUGUUUCCUCUCCUACAUGUCAGUUUGCUUCUCUGGUGCACUGUGCACUGCUAUCCUUGACCCAUUGUUUCCAUGUGAGAAGAAUCACCUUCCUUCUGUCAAGAAGGCUGUGUUUCCUGUUACUUGUAGCUGAACAUAAUCCUUCAAUGUGUUUUUUUAUUGUAUUUUCUGUUACAUGAUUAAAACUUUGAAUUUGAAAAAAAAAAAAAAACUUUGAAUUUGCUGCAAAACAGAAGGUUUUGUUGUAUCAAAUAUUUUACCAAUAUUCUGAACUGUUCAUUAGCCAACAAGUUUGCUUUUCAUGUCCUCAGAGAAUAUAUUAAAGUACCCAUUCAGAAAAA